AUGUCAAUUACAAGCAUCAAUGGGCAAAAUAACGGUAAUCAGGCUUUUUCAUUGAUGCAAUUUACAAGCAUCAACGGACGAAAUAAAGGUAAUCAGGCUUUUUCAUUGAUGCAAUAUUUACAAGCAUCAAUGGACAAAAUAAAG